GACGCGGCUCAGAGCUGCAGUAACGCUCGGCCGGGAGCCGGAGCCCGAGCCCGAGCUGGAACCCGAACCCGAGCUAGGAGAGUGGUGCGGAGAGGCAGCAGCUGGCGGCGGGAGGGAGGGUCCGGAGCGCGCCCCGCGGACGCCGGCCCCGGCUCCUCGCAGCCUCGUCCCCUCAGUCUGCACGAGUCGGCCCCGGGGAGGGGCCCCGGGCGGCGCCCGACCCACCCUUGCUCCCCGAGGCGCACCGGUGCGCGGAGGCAGCACCGUGGGAACCCCGGCCGGCUCCCGCCGCGCCUCCAUGCGGCCCCGAACCUUGCGCGGCUGAAGCAGCGGCUUCCCGAGCCCGCUCGGGGCGCGGCAGGACCAGCGAGCGAGUCGCGACGCCCGGAGCCCCCGCCCUCCGGCGCCCGGGCCAUGGCGAGAGAUGCCCGGUGAGGACCUGGGCGCCGAAAGCUGGGCUCCCCGGCGCGGUGCGGAGCGAGGCAGCGGCCUGGAUGUGUGAAGCGUCCCCAUGGCUCGGCAGGAGGCGAAGCCCCGGGAUCUACGGGAAGCUGGCCGGGCAGCACGGGCUUCGAGGGAAGCUGGCAGGAGCCGGCCCGGGGCGCACGGGCUCUAUGUGACCGGCCGAGGAACCACGAGCUGCCUGGGCGCGAGGGGGUCCCACGGUGCGCCCCCGCCGCCGCCACCGCUGCUGCUGGGACUCCUGCUGCUGGCGGCCCUGGCAGAGCCCAGCCGGGCCGACCCGGGAACAGACAAUCCACAGGCAACUGUCACCCCAACCCCAGAAUCAUUUCCUCAUGGGAAAUUGCUGUCGAUUUCACCAACAUGGCCUUUCUCAGAAGUUCAGUCUUCCUCGGCAGUGGACAGAAUCCACACCAGGCUGGGACAGUCCCUGGACAACACAAGCUCACUGCAGCUUGCUGGAACACCUCCUCCCAAGACACACCGUCAAGCUAGGGCUCACAGGGACUUCUCUUCCCCCGACCAAGGAAGUGGACACAGCACCUCCCUCAAGCCUUCUAAGGACCCCACUGAGGCCCUGGCCGGACUGAGAUCUCAAGGGGGGAAGGAAGCAGCAUCCAUGUCAGUGGACUCAGUGUCUUCCGAGGAGGAACCAACAGCAGCUGCAGUUGCCACGUUGUUUCUGAGGAAAUCCAGCUCCCCAGCAGCGCUCUCUGCAGCCCUGGUUGCUAAGGGCACUGCUAGCAGCCCCUUGGCUGUGGCCUCAGGAGUAGUCAAGACCAGUCUGACUUCGGUUCUAGCUAAAAAUGUCACAAACAUCGCAGCAUCUGGCCCAAAGGUGACACCAGUGGGAGUCCAUCCGGUCUUCUCAUUCACACCCACCUAUAUGUUUGCAAGAACAGCACACACCAUGAGCACUCACACAGCCAUGCAGGGGAACACAGGCAUUGCUUCUGGCCUGUUGUCCACCACACAUCUCCCCAGGAAACCACAAGCCAUGCACACAGGCCUCCCAAACCCCACCAACCCAGACAUGCCCAGGGUGUCCACCUCACGCCCGCUGACAAUCACUGCAGCCUUGACAUCUGUGACCGCACCAGUAAGGGCCACCCGAUUGCCCCCUGUCCCAGCAGAAAAUACAGAUGUUGCUCUAGCCGCUGUGUCAACUGCGAUGAUUACAACUGGUAAAAUGGCAUCCAGCCUGGAGUGUCAGAUGUCCAGUAAGCUCCUGGUGAAGACAGUUCUCUUUGUAACCCAAAGGAGAGUGCAGAUCAGUGAAUCUUUGAAGAUCAAUGUAGCUAAAGGACUCACACAGUCUCUGAGGAAGGCUUUCCGCCAGAAUGACAUCUCGGCUCACGUGGACAUUCUGGAACAUUCUCAUAAUGUCACGGUGGGUUAUUAUGCGACCAAAGGGAAGCUGGUGUAUUUGCCUGCUGUUGUGAUUGAAAUGCUAGGUGUCUAUGGGGUCAGCAAUGUUACUGCAGAUCUGAAGCAACAUACACCAAACUUGCAGUCUGUGGCAGUACUUGCCUCCCCAUGGAAUCCCCAGCCUGCAGGCUACUUCCAGCUGAAAACAGUGCUGCAGUUUGUGAGCCAGUCUGACAAUAUCCAGUCCUGCAAGUUUGCUCAAACAAUGGAACAGAAGCUUCAGAAAGCCUUCCAGGAUGCUGAGAGGAAGGUCCUGAGUACCAACAGCAACUUGACAAUCCAGAUUUUGAGCACAUCCAACGCCUCGCAGACAGUCACCCUGGUUUACGUGGUGGGCAAUCGGAGCUCCUUCCUCAAUGGCACAGUUGCCAGCAGCCUUCUCCGCCAGCUCUCUGCAGAGCUGGUGGGGUUCUACCUCACCUACCCGCCUCUCACCAUUGCUGAACCACUAGAAUAUCCCAACCUUGACAUAUCAGAAACAACCAGAGACUACUGGGUAAUUACAGUGCUUCAAGGUGUGGACAAUUCGCUGGUGGGCCUGCACAACCAGAGCUUUGCCCGGGUCAUGGAGCAGCGCCUGGCCCAGCUCUUCAUGAUGUCCCAGCAACAAGGCCGGCGGUUUAAACGGGCAACCACCCUGGGAAGCUACACUGUGCAGAUGGUGAAGAUGCAGCGGGUGCCAGGACCCAAGGACCCAGCGGAGCUGACUUACUAUACCUUGUACAACGGGAAACCUUUGCUGGGGACUGCAGCUGCCAAGAUCCUCAGCACCAUUGACUCCCAAAGGAUGGCCUUGACCUUACAUCACGUCGUCCUUCUGCAAGCUGACCCUGUAGUGAAGAACCCACCCAACAACCUGUGGAUCAUCGCUGCAGUGCUGGCACCCAUCGCUGUGGUCACGGUCAUCAUCAUCAUCAUCACUGCUGUGCUCUGCCGGAAGAACAAGAACGACUUUAAACCAGACACUGUGAUGAACCUGCCUCAGAGAGCAAAGCCUGUGCAAGGCUUCGACUAUGCCAAGCAGCAUCUGGGGCAGCAAGGAGCAGAUGAGGAGGUCGUCCCCGUGACACAGGAAACAGUGGUCCUUCCACUCCCGGCUCGAGAUGCCCCCGCCUCACAGGAAAGGGACAUCAUCCAGGACGGAAGCACCAUCAAGACGGCCAAAUCCUCUGAAACCAGAAAGAGCAGGUCGCCCAGUGAGAAUGGCUCUGUCAUCAGCAAGGAAUCAGGGAAGCCCAGCUCGGGGAGGCGCUCACCCCAGAAUGUAAUGGCACAGCAGAAAGUGACAAAGGAGGAGGAGGCACGAAAGAGAAAUGUGCCUGCAAGUGAUGAAGAGGAAGGACCAGUUCUCUUCGACAACACUGGCAAGUUGGCUGCUGAUCAUUUUGACACAUCUUCUGGAUCUGUGCAGCUGAUCGCAAUUAAACCUACAGCCCUCCCCUUGGUGCACCCCACCUCGGACAGGAGCCAGGAGUCAGCCGUUCUCAAUGGUGAGGUGAACAAAGCCCUGAAGCAGAAGUCGGACAUUGAGCAUUAUCGGAACAAGCUGCGCCUCAAAGCCAAAAGGAAGGGAUAUUACGAUUUUCCCCCAGUGGAGACAAACAAGGCUCAAACGGAGAGAAAAAAGAUGUACGACAAACCCCAAAAGGAAAUGGAGCAUGUUUUGGAUCCAGACCCUGAACUGUGUGCCCCAUUCACUGAGUCUAAAAGCAGGCAACAGAUGAAGAACUCUGUCUACCGAAGCCGGCAGUCUCUGAAUAGCCCAAGUCCAGGGGAAACAGAGAUGGACCUUCUGGUAACUCGGGAGCGGCCCCGGCGUGGAAUCAGGAACAGCGGAUACGAUAAAACAUCACAUCUGGAAGGACCUGCAAGAAGGUCCAAAUGUCAACUGCAGUUGUUUCUGGAGACAGAGCCAGAAAUCAUUGAGGAGACCAAUAUUGACAGAGUUAACGAACCACGCGGCUAUGCCAGGUCAAGACAGGUAAAGGGCCACUCAGAGACAUCCACACUGAGCUCCCAGCCCUCCAUCGACGAGGUCCGGCAGCAGAUGCACAUGCUUCUGGAGGAAGCCUUCAGCCUGGCAUCCUCGGGCCAUGCAGGCCAGAGUCGCCACCAGGAGGCCUACGGCUCAGCACAGUACCUGCCCUACUCAGAGGUGGUGACCAGCGCACCAGGGACCAUGACACGGCCGCGUGCUGGAGUGCAGUGGGUGCCAACCUACCGCCCCGAGAUGUACCAGUACAGUCUGCCUCGGCCAGCCUACAGGUUUUCCCAGCUUCCUGAAAUGGUCAUGGGUUCUCCCCCUCCGCCUGUCCCUCCCCGGACUGGCCCUGUGGCUGUCACCUCCCUCAGAAGGUCCACCUCGGAUGUCGGCAGCAAGACCAGGAUGGCCGACGUCGCGGGGCCCGAGCCGGCCCAGCUGCACGACAGUACCUCCUUUACCCAGGUGUCCCGAGGCCCUGUGUCCGUGGCGCAGCUGGAUCAGUCGGCUUUAAAUUACUCAGGUAAUACGGUGCCAGCAGUGUUUGCCAUCCCUGCUGCCAACAGACCUGGCUUCACCGGCUACUUCAUCCCGACACCGCCCUCAUCCUACAGGAACCAGGCCUGGAUGUCCUAUGCAGGAGAGAAUGAGCUCCCCAGCCAGUGGGCCGACUCGGUCCCCCUCCCUGGGUACAUCGAGGCUUAUCCACGGUCACGCUAUCAGCAGAGCUCACCCUCCAGGCUCCCUCGCCAGUACAGCCAGCCGAGUGGCAUGCACCCCAGCUUGGAGCAGGCCCCUGUGCCCUCUGCAGCGGCCUCACAGCAGAGCCUGGCAGAGAAUGACCCAUCUGACACACCCCUGACCAACAUCUCCACGGCCGCACUGGUGAAGGCUAUUCGGGAAGAGGUGGCCAAACUGGCCAAGAAACAGACAGACAUGUUUGAGUUCCAGGUUUAAUCCCUUAGUCCAGAGGACUUCAAACUGAGGAAGCCGCCUUUGGCUUUCUCACAUUUACUGCGUUGAAACUUUAGACAUUGACCUUGCGUGAGUGCUUACCCCCAUUUCUGGAAAGGUAUCCAGCAGGGCUUCUGGGGGAAUAAGAGGACACCAACUGAUUGUACACCUGGAAGUCCCUGCGGGAUACCAUAUGUUUGAUAUUCAGUUAAAUGUUUGAACUAGGGUGUAUUACCCUAUGGAAUCUUAGUCCCGAGAGACUAGCUAAUCUGCAGAUUUUGACCCAGUGCCACAUUUUCAUAAAUCGCUAGAAGGUGGAGAACAUAACUCUGUCUUUGGUGACCUCUGCAUGUUAACUUUAUUUCUGUAUUAAAAGCCUUGCAGGCGUGCGAUGAAGCACCAGAUUGUACACUCU